CCAACAACAAAACCCCCCCCCCCCCAAAAAAAAAAAAAAAAACCCUUCUUUUUAUCUAUCUGAGUUGCUGAGGAGAAAGGAGGAAAGAAAAGUCCACAGGGAACGAUGUCUUCCCCCAGCAAGCGGCGAGAGAUGGACUUGAUGAAGCUGAUGAUGAGUGAUUACAAGGUCGAGAUGAUUAACGAUGGGAUGCAAGAAUUUUAUGUGCAUUUCCACGGACCCAGUGAUAGUCCUUAUCAUGGAGGUGUGUGGAAAGUUAGAGUUGAGCUGCCAGAUGCGUAUCCAUAUAAAUCUCCUUCCAUAGGCUUUGUCAAUAAGAUCUACCACCCAAAUGUUGAUGAAAUGUCAGGUUCGGUUUGUCUAGAUGUUAUUAAUCAGACCUGGAGCCCUAUGUUUGAUCUUGUUAAUGUAUUUGAGGUAUUUCUGCCUCAACUUCUUCUGUAUCCCAAUCCAUCAGACCCUUUAAAUGGAGAAGCUGCAGCUUUAAUGAUGCGUGACCGUGAUACUUAUGAACAAAGGGUUAAAGAGUACUGUGAGAAGCAUGCCAAGCCUGAAGACGUCGGAGCUGUAACAGAAGAAAAAUCAAGUGAUGAGGAGCUGAGUGAAGAUGAAUAUGAUUCAGAUGAUGAUGACCAGGUGGCCGGGGAAGCAGAUCCCUGACCAGAUAUAUUCAUGCAUGCUCCUGUUCAAUCUCUUCAUUUAAUCUGUAAAUGUUGUCGUCCAUGGUUGUGUUUUUUCACCGCAUCACAUGAAGAGGAAUGUAAUGAACCUAGUCAUUGGCGGGGGAAAAUUCCUCUGCCUAAUGUUAGAUAUACCAGUCAUUGUAAAUGAUGUAUAAUUGAAAUAAUCUUAUUUCUCCUUCCAAGUUCCAA